CUGGGCGGGGCUAGGAGGAGGAGGAGGAGGAGGUGGCAUCUGCGCGCGCGCGCGCGGGUGCGAACGGGAAACGCCGCGAGGGCCAGGCUAGGCCGGGCGGUAGACACGACGGACGGUGACUAUGGCCGCGACAGCGGGUGGCGGUCCGGGAGCAGCAGCAGGCGCCGUGGGUGCAGGGGGUGCGGCGGCGGCCUCUGGGCUCGCCGUGUACCGGAGGAAGGACGGGGGCCCGGCCAGCAAGUUUUGGGAGAGCCCGGACACGGUGUCCCAGCUAGAUUCGGUGCGAGUCUGGCUGGGCAAGCACUACAAGAAGUAUGUUCAUGCAGAUGCUCCUACCAAUAAAACACUGGCUGGACUGGUGGUGCAGCUUCUACAGUUCCAAGAAGAUGCCUUUGGGAAGCAUGUCACCAACCCAGCUUUCACCAAACUACCUGCAAAAUGUUUCAUGGAUUUCAAAGCUGGAGGCACCUUGUGUCACAUUCUUGGGGCAGCUUACAAGUACAAAAAUGAACAGGGCUGGCGGAGAUUUGAUCUUCAGAACCCAUCAAGAAUGGAUCGUAAUGUUGAAAUGUUCAUGAACAUUGAGAAAACAUUGGUACAGAACAACUGUCUGACUAGACCAAACAUCUACCUCAUUCCAGACAUUGAUUUGAAGUUGGCUAACAAGUUGAAAGAUAUCAUCAAACGGCAUCAGGGGACAUUUACUGAUGAGAAGUCAAAAGCUUCCCACCACAUUUAUCCAUAUCCUUCCUCACAAGAGGAUGAGGAGUGGCUGAGGCCAGUGAUGAGGAGAGACAAGCAGGUGCUGGUGCACUGGGGUUUCUACCCAGACAGCUAUGACACUUGGAUCCACAGUAAUGAUGUUGAUGCUGAAAUUGAAGAUGCCCCAAUCCCAGAAAAGCCCUGGAAGGUUCAUGUAAAAUGGAUUUUGGACACUGACAUUUUCAAUGAAUGGAUGAAUGAAGAGGAUUAUGAAGUGGAUGAGAACAGAAAACCAGUGAGCUUUCGUCAACGAAUUUCAACAAAGAAUGAAGAGCCAGUCAGAAGUCCAGAAAGGAGAGAUAGAAAAGCAUCUGCCAAUGCUCGAAAGAGGAAACAUUCCCCUUCUCCUCCUCCUCCCACACCCACAGAAUCCCGGAAGAAGAGUGGGAAGAAAGGACAAGCUAGCCUUUAUGGGAAACGUAGUAGAAGUCAGAAAGAAGAAGAUGAGCAAGAAGAUCUUACCAAGGACAUGGAAGACCCAACACCUGUACCUAAUAUAGAGGAAGUGGUUCUCCCUAAGAAUGUAAACCCAAAGAAGGACAGUGAAAACACACCCGUUAAAGGAGGCACAGUGGCAGAUCUAGAUGAGCAGGAUGAAGAAGCAGUUACAACAGGAGGAAAGGAAGAUGAAGAUCCCAGCAAAGGUGAUCCAAGUCGCUCAGUUGACCCAGGUGAAGACAAUGUGACAGAACAGACCAAUCACAUCAUUAUUCCCAGCUAUGCAUCCUGGUUUGAUUAUAAUUGUAUUCAUGUGAUUGAACGGCGUGCACUUCCAGAAUUCUUUAAUGGAAAAAACAAAUCCAAGACCCCUGAGAUAUACUUGGCAUAUCGAAAUUUUAUGAUUGACACAUACCGUCUAAACCCUCAAGAAUAUUUAACCAGCACUGCUUGUCGGCGAAACCUGACUGGAGAUGUGUGUGCUGUGAUGAGGGUUCAUGCCUUCUUAGAGCAAUGGGGUCUUGUUAACUACCAAGUUGACCCAGAGAGUCGACCCAUGGCAAUGGGACCUCCUCCCACUCCUCAUUUCAAUGUGUUAGCUGACACACCCUCUGGGCUUGUGCCCCUGCAUCUUCGAUCACCGCAGGUCCCUGCUGCUCAACAGAUGUUAAAUUUUCCUGAGAAGAACAAGGAAAAACCAAUUGAUUUGCAGAACUUUGGUCUUCGAACUGACAUUUACUCCAAGAAAACACUGGCAAAGAGUAAAGGUGCUAGUGCGGGAAGGGAGUGGACAGAACAGGAGACCCUUCUUCUCCUAGAGGCUCUGGAGAUGUACAAGGAUGAUUGGAAUAAAGUCUCAGAACAUGUUGGAAGUCGUACUCAGGACGAAUGCAUCCUCCACUUUUUGAGGCUUCCCAUUGAGGACCCAUACCUUGAAAAUUCAGAUGCUUCUCUUGGGCCACUAGCUUACCAGCCUGUCCCUUUCAGCCAGUCGGGAAACCCCGUCAUGAGUACCGUUGCCUUUUUAGCAUCUGUUGUUGACCCUCGUGUAGCAUCUGCUGCAGCAAAAGCAGCUUUGGAGGAGUUUUCUCGUGUCCGAGAAGAAGUACCCCUGGAAUUGGUUGAAGCCCAUGUCAAGAAAGUACAGGAAGCUGCAAGAGCCUCUGGGAAGGUGGACCCUACCUAUGGCUUGGAGAGCAGCUGUAUUGCUGGCACAGGGCCUGACGAGCCAGAGAAGCUUGAAGGAUCUGAAGAAGAGAAGAUGGAAGCAGAUCCUGAUGGUCAGCAGCCGGAAAAGGCAGAAAACAAAGUGGAAAAUGAAUCGGAUGAAGGCGAUAAAAUACAAGAUCGAGAGAAUGAAAAAAACAGUGAGAAGGAACAAGAUAGUGACGUCAGUGAAGAUAUCAAGCCAGAAGAAAAGGAGAAUGAAGAGAACAAAGAGCUCACUGAUACAUGUAAAGAAAGAGAAAGCGAUGCCGGGAAGAAGAAAGUGGAACACGAGAUUUCAGAAGGAAAUGUUGCCACAGCCGCAGCAGCUGCUCUGGCCUCAGCUGCUACUAAAGCCAAGCACUUGGCGGCUGUUGAAGAAAGAAAGAUCAAGUCCCUGGUGGCUCUCUUGGUUGAAACACAGAUGAAGAAACUAGAGAUCAAACUUCGACAUUUUGAAGAGCUGGAGACUAUUAUGGACAGAGAGAAAGAGGCUCUAGAACAACAGAGACAACAGUUGCUUACUGAGCGUCAGAACUUCCACAUGGAACAGUUGAAAUAUGCUGAACUACGUGCCCGGCAGCAAAUGGAACAGCAGCAGCAGCAGCAUGGCCAGACACCUCAGCAGGCGCACCAGCACACUGGAGGGCCUGGGAUGGCCCCACUUGGAGCCACAGGCCACCCUGGCAUGAUGCCACAUCAGCAGCCCCCUCCCUACCCCCUGAUGCACCAUCAGAUGCCACCACCCCACCCUCCCCAACCAGGUCAAAUGCCAGGCCCUGGCUCCAUGAUGCCUGGGCAGCCCAUGCCAGGUCGCAUGAUCCCCGCUGUGGCAGCCAACAUUCACCCUACUGGGAGUGGUCCUACUCCUCCUGGUAUGCCUCCAAUGCCCGGAAACAUCUUAGGACCCCGGGUACCCCUGACAGCACCAAAUGGCAUGUAUCCUCCUCCACCACAGCAGCAGCCGCCGCCUCCACCUGCAGAUGGGGUCCCUCCACCUCCUGCUCCAGGCCCACCAGCCUCGGCCACUCCCUAGCCUGGAAGAUAUAGGAGCCUCCACAGCCACCACAAGCUGGAUGGGGAUGGCAGGACUUGUGUCUCGGCUUCCUUGGUUUUCUUGCAGGAUUUUUUUUUUUCAUAACCCCAAGCACAAGUCCCAUGUCUCUCCACUCCCUGAUAACUUCUUGUGUCAGGUCCUUAGUUGAUACUCAUUGGAAAGCCUGUGGUGACUGGUGUGCUCUGGUCAUUUAAAAAGUACCAUAUGUCUCCUCUGUCCCAGAGUGACAGAUGUUGGCAGGUGGUCUGCAGGUCCUGUUGUGUUGACAUUAGUAUUUGUGUGUGUGUGUGUGUGUGUCUCUUUUUCUCUCUCUCUUUCUCUUUCUCUUUCUCUCUCUCUCUCUCUCUCUCUCUCUCUCUCUCUCUCUGCUUUGUCUAAGGCUUCAAUGUAUAAUCCUCUAUAAUUAUUGUCCUUUCUUCCUCUGUUAUGGUUGUUUUUUAAGGAAAGUAUCCUAAGUUAAUAGAAACCAAAAAAUGGUAAUGGGCAGAAAGAGAUAGCCACAGAGGGACACACCUUAAGGCAUUAUAAGUGACCUUAUUUCUGCUUAUCUGAGCUAAGAGUGGUGCUACUGAUAAAGUCCCUGAGACUUGUCACACAUAAAUGCACCAAGAUGAGAAGAGCUGGGGAAGGAGGGAGUAUCCUUUUGAUUUAAUUUCCUGGUGAGGACCAUGAAGGACUUCACUCUGCCUGGACCAUGCCACUGUACCUAGUGUGUGAUAGAUAGCAAAGAGCACAAGCAUUACAACAAGCCACUCCUUCAUUCUCCCGCCAUUCUGGUUGUCUGUGCAGAAGAUUUGCAGUAUUGGAACGAGAUGGUUGUUUUCCCAAGGGCAGCAUGAGCUUUAAAAGUUGGGAUUUGGGGAGGCAUUUGCUGGGUUUUCCCAGACUAACAAAAACCUCCCUACCCUCCCCAAAUACAUAGGGUCUACCCUUGCUUGCCACCCCAAUAAACGUUCCAGACAAAUUUUACAUGUUUUUUAAACCUUCCUAUAAGAAAGGAAAAAAUUUCAAAUGGGUUAAGUAGAUUAUGUUAAAUAUUUUCUCUCAUGCAGCUUGGUUGGGAUGGGUAGGUACAGAUCCCUAAACUACCUCUCGCUGUAGCCAGGGUGAGUGGGAUUCUUAAGCGGUACUGAGGUACAGAGUGGGAAUGCUCACAUGUGAUCAGCAGCCUCCUGUACCUUCCUUUUCUGAGACCUCACGUUCCAUCUGUCACAGGGCUAUGGAGACUGUGCUGAUGGCACAGGGACCUCACUUGGCUCCAGAGUGCUCGACUUUAAGGUUUGGAGUGCCAUCCCAGAGGAAUUGCCACCAAAAAAAAAAAGCCUUAAUUUGAGCCUGUAUCUACCCUUGCUUAUGAACAACUAGAUCGGUUUUGGUUUUGUCAGCUUCUUUCCUCCCUCCCUCCCUCCCUUCUGUCUUUCCAUUAGUAGCAAAAGGAUGUUUUUGGCAGAACUUUAAGUGGCAGUUUCAUUCUUGAGAGUGCAAGGUAGAACACCUUAUGGGUGUGUUUUCUGUGUGUGUUUUAAAGCUUUAUGUGUGAGAGCUGUAGGUAGGCAUUUCUUAAUAACAAAAAAAAAAAAAAACACACACAGUUGAGAUUUGCCUUUAAGACUCUUGGUUUGCCUCUAACCAGGAGCCCAGGUCACCACCAGAGUCCUAGAGCUAAAGACUCCAGAGCCUUGGGGUGGAGAUGGAGAUGCGCUUGUUCCUUGGGUACUUGCUUUUCUCCUUUGCCUCGAGGAAGACCCCGGUGUCUUCUGACUGCAGCCAAGGUUGCCCUCCUUNCCUCCAUUCUCUCCCAAAGUAAACUGACUCCAUCACUUGCCUUCUCCUCGGAGUCCUAGUGGGAGGAUAGGACUCUGGUUGUUUGUAACCUGAGGUCUGUAAUGUGAUCACUUUCCAGUUUUGAGAGAUGCAAGUGGGAAUAAUUUUUACGUUGUUGAUAAUCUAAAGAACCUAAGUUCAACACAGCUCUUUCCAUGACUGUCGGUUAGGUAUCAUUCCUAUAAUAACACGCAUCCAGGUUUGUGAGGGGCUUGGAUACUGUGUGGGUUUUGUACAAAUGUGUUUCUCAGUGUGGGUUUGGGGGUUUUGUUGUUUUUUUCUUUAGGUUUUGUUUUAAUGAGGGAAAGGAGUUAUGAGAGUUUGGGAGAAAAUGAAUGAAAGNGGCUUAAUGUCCCUCUUUUGCAUUGAAUAAAUGAAAAACCAUUUAUGAAUUCUA